AAUGACUUUUCCCAAAUAAUUUUUAAAAUUGUAUUCGAUAAAAAACUUAAAGCUAAAACAACGCUGCAACCAAACACUUUAACCAAAAGUUAGCUGCAAUGAAUUAUUGCAUUGCUAUUCACAAUAUAGUGUCUAUAGAUAAUUACUAUUGUCCAUGUUGUCCGCUUAUUUGGUUAAGAAUUAAAAUUCCUCGUUUUAGCAAUUUGUAAGAAAGUUUGCAAGUUUAGUUUACCAUAAUGGGAGUUCCAGCAUUUUUUAGAUGGUUAAGUAAAAAAUAUGCAUGCGUCAUCGUUGAUUGUGUAGAAAACAAGAAUUUGGAUCCGAACACCGGAGAAACAAUAUACGAAGACGCUACCCUCCCAAAUCCUAAUGGAGUUGAGUUUGAUAAUCUAUAUUUGGAUAUGAAUGGUAUUAUACAUCCAUGCACACAUCCUGAAGACAAGCCAGCCCCAAAAAAUGAGGAUGAAAUGAUGGUAGCAAUAUUUGAAUGUAUUGAUCGAUUGUUUGGCAUUGUUCGCCCACGAAAAUUAUUAUAUAUGGCAAUUGACGGUGUAGCGCCAAGGGCGAAAAUGAAUCAACAGCGGUCGCGGCGUUUCAGAGCUGCUAAGGAAACAAAUGAAAAGCGAAUGGAAAUACAAAAAAUUAGAGACGAACUUUUAGUCAAGGGAUAUAUACUUCCACCUGAGAAAACUGACAAGGAACACUUCGAUUCCAAUUGUAUAACACCAGGUACACCGUUUAUGGACAGAUUAAGUAAGUGUUUACAUUAUUAUAUCCACGACCGUAUGAACACAAACCCAGCUUGGAAAGGAAUAAAAGUUGUAUUGUCAGAUGCGAAUGUCCCCGGUGAAGGUGAACACAAAAUAAUGGACUAUAUUCGUAAACAAAGGGCUCAGCCAGAUCACGAUGCCAAUACUCAACAUGUGCUUUGUGGUGCAGAUGCAGAUUUGAUUAUGUUAGGACUUGCUACUCAUGAACCGAAUUUCACAAUUAUACGAGAAGAGUUUUUACCAAACAAACCUCGCCCAUGUGAGAUAUGUAAACAAUAUGGACAUGAAAUGCAGAAAUGUGUAGGACUAGGAAACGCAAGUGGGUCGAAAGAUGAAAGCUUUAAGCCGGACGUUCCAAUAAACGCUGAAGUUAGAUUUAUUUUUGUAAGAUUGAGUGUUCUUCGAGAAUAUCUUAAAAAGACUUUAGAAAUGCCAAAUUUGCCAUUUAAAUAUGAUUUUGAGCGCGCUUUGGAUGAUUGGGUUUUUAUGUGCUUCUUUGUUGGAAACGACUUUUUACCACAUUUACCAAGUCUUGAAAUUAGGGAAGGCGCAGUGGAUCGCUUGGUGGAAUUGUAUAAAAAAUGUGUAUAUAAGACUGGGGGUUAUUUAACGAAUUCAGGUGAAGUCAAUCUGCAACGUGUUCAAAUGAUUCUAACUGAUUUGGGUAAUGUUGAAGAUAAUAUAUUUAAAGAGAGACAACGACGGGAGCAGAUAUUUAAGGCAAGACAGAAACGCCAGCGAGAAAAUGAAUAUAAAGCUGAAAGCCUUAGUGUGUCCUCAUUUUUUCAACCAACUGCUGUAAAUCGAGGUGCAUCGAAUUCACAACCAGCAUUCAACUAUAAAGAAGAAGCUGUAAAAUUGAGAACUCAAAAUAAUAAAGGCGUUAAAAGGACAGCUGCAGAAGCAGGUCUUGAUAACGAUUCUGACGAAAAUGACAAUGACGAGGUUAGAUUGUACGAAGCUGGUUUUAAAAAUCGGUAUUACGAAUCGAAGUUUGAUGUUGGUACUAAUAAUCAAGGCUUUCGAUAUUCCGUUGCAUUGCAAUAUGUGCGCGGACUUUGCUGGGUUCUAAAAUAUUAUUAUCAAGGUUGUGCAUCAUGGGAUUGGUAUUUUCCAUACCAUUACGCACCAUUUGCAUCCGAUUUCGUGAACAUUACUGGCUUAUCGACCAAUUUUGACAAGGGUACAAAACCGUUUAAUCCACUAGAACAGUUAAUGGGGGUAUUUCCCGCCGCCAGUUCUUCUCAUGUUCCAAAACCAUGGGCAACAUUAAUGUCUGAUCCAGAUUCACCAAUUAUUGAUUUUUAUCCCGAGGACUUUAAAAUCGAUUUAAAUGGAAAAAAGUUUGCUUGGCAAGGAGUAGCUUUACUUCCUUUUGUUGACGAGCGGCGGCUUUUUAAAGCUCUUGAGCCUUUUUAUAAAAAAUUAACAGAGGAGGAAGUCCGGCGAAAUAAGAGAGGCGAUAAUCGUUUAUAUAUUGGACAAUUGCAUAAUAAAUUUGAAUGGAUGAAACAUCAAUUGAAAUCACUUAAUUCUAUGGACAAAGAAAUAAAGGUGGUUUUGGAUAGAAUGGCUGGAAGUAUUUUAGAAGCAGAAGAUAAUAUAAAAAUCUCAGGCACAUUGACAUCACCAAUAAAUGGCUUACCUAAUAUAAUGUCAAACGAGAUUAUAACCUUCCGUUUUCGGGAUCCAGAAUAUGACAGUGAUUUUAUUUUUCCUGCCAUACGUCUUACUAAUGCAAUAGACCCACCAAAUGUCUUAAACUCUAGACCAGAAGGCCAGUCUGGUCACAAUAGACCAGUUAUUGGUUUCAAUAGAAACCUACCAACUGGACAUUUAAGUGCCGGUGGACACAGAAUGGUUCAAGCCAGUUUGGGAAGGAACUCUUAUAACAUGGGUGGAAACAAUCGAGGACAUUAUCCUCGAGGACCAAAUCCUCAACAGAAUUUUCAAUCUAGAUCUGGUUACAACAAUUUUCAGAACAAUCAUGGAAACAACUUCUCUGGUGGUAAUAAUUACAGAAAUAACCAACAAAACCCGCCUAGAGGUGGACAUCAAAACAAUAGAUUUCAGAGGUAUAAUCCAUAUGGGCAACCCAAUAAUAGAUUUUAAGCAUUUUAGAAAUAAUCGUAUUCCUUAAUUUUGAAAAAAGAUUUAUAGAAGGUAAUUGAUUAAUAUAUGUAUAUAUGAUAUUAUGUACAAAAAAAUAAAAUAAAAUAAAAUUAUAUGGUGAAUUUUAUAUGAGCCCAUUAUAAA